ACAGAUUUGAAACAAUAUCCAUGAAUAGCCUAUAUUGAGGACAAUUAUUAAAAAAAAUAUUUUGAUGUAUGUGGCAAUAAGUGACUUUGCUUAUGGUUCACUGACAGUUAACCUAUUUACAUUUCAUCACACAAAUUUCACCUUUUUGAAAUCCCAUAUACGUGUUGAAUCUUUGGUAACAUAAAUAAAAUGAUAUCGAGAAAAGCGCUAUGGUGGAUGCAUGGAGCAGGUUCAACUAUGAAUAUACAAAAAUUUUCAACCACAAAAGUGAUUCAAGAACGACAGAAAUUAGUGAUUUUAGGAACUGGUUGGGGAGGAUAUAGUGUAUUAAAGAGUAUAGAUAAGAAAAAGUAUGAUGUUAUUGUUGUAAGUCCGAGGAAUCACUUUCUGUUUACACCACUACUGGCCAGUACAACUGUGGGGACACUGGAGUUCAGGUCAAUUAUUCAACCUGUUCGUGAAUCCAGAUUUCGAGAUGCUACCCACUUUCACCUGUCUCAUGCUACAAACCUUGAUUUAGACAAUAAAAUUCUACAUUGUCACAGUGUAUUAAACCAAGAAUUAAAAUACACUAUCAAUUACGAUAAAUUGGUUAUUGCUGUUGGUGCUUUAAGUAAUACAUUUGGUGUACCAGGAGUGGAAGAACAUGCCUUCUUUUUAAAGGAAGUGUUGGAUGCACGAAAAAUACGUAAUCGUAUAUUGACUAAUUUUGAGUUAGCAGUGGGACCUAAGAUACAAGAAUCUGAGUCCAAGAGAUUACUUCAUACAGUUAUUGUAGGUGGUGGACCAACUGGAAUAGAAUUUGGUGCUGAAUUAUAUGACUUUGUUCAACAGGAUGUAGCCAAAUUAUAUAAAGAACAGCAAAAAGCUGUAACAGUAACAUUGGUUGAAUCAGAUAAAAUUCUUGCUUCUUUUGAUAGUCGACUUCGUUCACAUGCUGAGAAUAAAUUACGAGCUAGAGAGAGAUUCACAUUGAUACAAUCCUCUGUUACAGAAGUAUUCAAGGAUGGUGUUAAAUUAAAAGAUGGCACUAUAUUACCAUGUGGUUUAGUUGUAUGGAGUACAGGUCUUGCACCAAGAUGGUUUACCGAAAAUCUUAAAGUUGCGAAAAAUACAAGAGGUCAGAUUGUAACAGACAGUUAUAUAAAUAUUGUGAAUACUAAUCUAUAA